AUGGAUGAACUAUUAGAUUCCUAUCUUGAUUGUCCUGAAAUGCGUGAAUUAUGGCAGCAAUAUGUAAUAGGUGCUAAGACAUUGAUUACAAAUUUAGAUUCAAAGACGGUUUAUCUACAUGUCGUCACAUAUUUAACUAUCACACCAUGGUAUAACAUUCUAAAGGAUUAUUUAUUAAUAGUUUUUCUCUACCAAUUUUUAAAGUCUGGUUUGUACAACGUUAAAGCCUAUGGUAUUAUCGGUUAUCCAAGACACAUCUUGAGACAAGGUUCGAGAUCUAUGGUCAAGUGGCUGUUAUCCAGUAGACUAAUGCGUAGCACUGUCGAGAAGGAAGUAAGUAAAGCAAGAGCAUCCAUUGAACAUGAUUUAAUCUUGAACAAUGAUUGUUUGUUAGAUUUCCCAACAUUACCAAAAAAAGGUUUGCGUGAAGAUCAUAUUAUUGAGGAACUAGAUAUUCUUCAGGAUGUAUUGCCUCAUACAGAUUGGGAAGAAGGAAAAGUAUCCGGUGCUGUAUACCAUGGUGGUGAAGAUUUGAUUCGUUUACAAAGUAUUGCAUUUGAGAAAUAUUCUGUAGCUAAUCAAUUGCAUCCAGAUGUAUUCCCAGCUGUACGUAAGAUGGAAGCAGAAGUUGUUUCAAUGACUUUAAAUAUGUUCAAUGCACCAAUUGACGAAGGAGCUUGUGGUACCACUACAUCUGGUGGUACAGAGUCUCUAUUAUUAGCAUGUUUGAGUGCCAAGAUGUACGGUUUAAAACAUCAUGGAAUUACUGAACCCGAAAUGAUUGUUCCAGUGACAGCACAUGCAGGUUUCAAUAAAGCUGCAUAUUAUUUUGGUAUUAAGAUGCAUCAUGUCCCAGUUGAUCCAAAGACUUAUCAAGUUGAUCUUCAUAAGAUGGAAAAAUAUAUCAAUGGUAAUACUGUAUUAUUAGUUGGAUCUGUACCAAAUUUCCCUCAUGGUAUUAAUGACGAUGUUGAAGGAUUAGGAAAACUUGCUCAAAAACAUAAUCUAAGAUUACAUAUCGAUUGUUGUCUAGGUUCAUUUAUUGUUGCAUUCAUGGAAAAAGCUGGUUUCCAAAAUGUUCCAAUCUUUGAUUUUAGAAUCCCCGGUGUUACUUCAAUCUCUUGUGAUACUCACAAAUAUGGGUUUGCUCCAAAGGGUUCUUCGAUAAUCAUGUAUCGUAAUGAAGACCUCAGAAUGCAUCAAUACUUCAUCGAAGCUGACUGGGUUGGUGGUCUGUAUGGAUCUCCUACUUUAGCAGGCUCAAGACCUGGUGCUCUUGUUGUCGGAUGUUGGGCUACUAUGGUCAAAUUUGGUGAAGAUGGUUAUAUUGAAUCCUGUCGUUCUAUCAUUGAGGCCGCUAGAAAAUUAAGAAGAUACAUCGAAGAGGAAAUUCCUGCUUUACAAAUCAUUGGAGAUCCACAAUUUUCUGUGAUAUCUUUCACAUCUAAGAAACUUGACGUCUAUGAAUUAAGUGACAGACUUUCCAAAUCAGGAUGGCAUUUAAAUACAUUACAAAACCCACCAGCGUUACAUCUAGCGGUCACAAGACCCUCAGUAGCAGCAAUAGAUUCUCUAUGCCAAUUACUAAGUAGUACAGUGCAAGAUAUGCUAAAUGAUCCUGAUGCCAAACCUUCUGCUGAUGGAACAAGUGCUUUGUAUGGUGUCGCGGGCAGUGUCAAGACAGCAGGCGUUGCUGACCAAUUGAUCGUAGCCUUCCUGGACACACUGUACAAGCUAACUCCAGGUAAUAACAACACCAAAUAA